UACCACCCCUUAAAAGUCAUAACUGUCACAGAAUCCAGAUUUAAGAAAGUAUGCCACAAAGAGAGCACAUCAAGUACAUCUGCUUGUUCCUCUAUUUCAAAUGUGGAUCCUCUAAGCGGCAUCCUGGAUGGAACUGACCCCUUGUCAAUGUUUGCUGCAACAACUGAGCCAGUGUCAACUAGUAUGGAUACUAGCAGAAAGAACUGUGGGAAGGAAGAAUUCUUAGGAAAUGACUUUGAACCAUGGUCAAACAAACGUGGAGAAAUUCUGGCUCGGUACACAACAACUGAAAAACUUUCUAUC